CCCAAGGCCGCUACCUCGCUCGUGUGUCCUUCUCCCACCGCCGCGCUUCUCCUGCGAUCCGACGUCUCCCGUUGCAGGCGAGUCAAGGGCAGUCACUAGCUGAAGAUGGGCUUUGCUGAGGAAAAAUUAAUAAAGUAUAUUAAUAAAAACUUGCGAAAGUUCGAGUGCAUCCGCGUGGAGCAAUUACUGCUGCAUCUGCCUUGCCUCACUGAAAUGGACAAGCAAGAGAUUAAAGCGCACGUGGCCAAAAGCGGGAACAAUAUUUCUGUGUGGGAGCUCUUUCAACGCCUGCAGAUCAGGGAAAACUGGGUGUGGCAACUCUUAGAUGCUCUCGAAGAGGACAACAUGGGACACCUAGCUCGUGAGCUACGAGAAGUUUACAACUCCCACCUGCUCCCUCCUCGAAACAACGCUUCAGCAAGCGCCAACCCGCCCGCUGGGAGUAAUAUUCCCCGGCCCCCAGAGUCCAGUGCCCCGGCCUCCAAUCUGUGCUCUUCUGCUGUACCAGCUCCUUCUCCUCUGCAUAACAUGUGGAGCUCUAGUGGUGCCCAGGCUCCUUCACCCGUGCCUUCAGAAGCCCUGGGGGCCGUGUACACCUCACAUGACAUGGAUGAUUACAGUGCUCCCGUUCAAGAAACCGAGCUUCCGUUGAAGAGCUGCGAGAUGGUGGUAAAACCGAAGACCACAGCCAGUGGUCCCAGGAAGCCAGAAUCUUCCAAGAAAAGUGCAGCAUCAGCAUCUAAGCUCAGAGAUGAAGGGGAGAAACCAACUGAUACCCAAGCCACAUCAGCUACAAACGUAUCUCCGGCGCCUUUGACUCGAGGCCACGUGGGAGAGAAGCCCAAGGAGGCAAUGCCAAAUGCACCACGCUCCUCAAGUUCUGAUGCAGCUGGUUCGGAACAGAAAUGGGACGGCCGCCAGCAACGGCCUGUUUGCGUGAAAAAUGGGUAUUUUGGCAACUUGAAUCGCCCGACAGACAACGGUGGGCCUCCAGCACCAGCUGCUGUUUGUAGCCCCGGGAUUCCCAGUAAUCAGCCGGAGGAGAAUUCCUACAGCUCUUCUGACAGCCCCCCGUUGGCUUCAAGUUUGCUAGGUGAGAGGCGGGCUGAAGAAUUGCUUAAGGAAGACAAGAUCCAAGGCCUGCAGGGAUAUCAAAACGAGAGGCUGUUGGCUGCUCCGGUGGACGCCAGCAGCCCCUUCAACCUGCAAAGACGGUUUGACAUAGGGCUGGAAGGAUCCCGGGGUCAACAGGAAGGCAGUGGUCAUGCUGCAGCGGUGGAUUUUGAUGAAAGCCCUGAAUCCGGCCCAACAGGCAGUGUACCUGGAAAUCUCCUGAGAAGAGGGCUUGCAGCUCCUCCGAGUGAUGUGUACUCCAGUGAUCUCAAACCUCCCAUUCAAGAGGGAAAGAUGCCUUUUGACGAGCCGGACGGCACGGUCACUGCCCCUGUGCACGAGGAGGUGACUUUGCUUUCAAACACCGCAGACUGGAGCACUCCGCCUUCACGUGGGAACGGGAGCAGUGUCCAUUGCCUUCACAGAGAUAACCAUAUCUUCAAUAGCAAUUAUGAUAGCGAUGUGCCCUGCAAACCUAGCGUCCUGCUUUCAGAAUUAGAUGAAGGUGUGGCAGGACAGUUGAGCAGUCCAGAGACCGACCCCGAAUAUUCUGGCAGUUCGUCCAGAUUUCGCCUCAGCAGUGAGUUCUCUUCAACAAAUGACCCGAUAUUGCUGAGUGAAUCCAGCCAAAAGGGUCAGUCGGAUGAGUUGAGCCCCUGUCCGGCUGUAGGUAACAUUUCGGGGAGAAGUGUGACAGACGGAGCAGGUGACGCUUCUCCUCCGCCUGUGCGUGACAACCUCCAGGACGACAACUCCAUCCGAAACUACACCUUCCAUCUGGCGGAGAAUCCCAGCGCUGACCUUACCGGCGCACCUGAUGUGCUUGCUUUGGGUACCAAUCCGAGGAUUCGAUCUCCGGAUACCUCCUCCGGCGCGGUGCCUGGACGUCAUCUCGUCCAAAGUCCCACUUCCCGCCCUGAGAAUUCCGAGGAUCUCCUCGCAAACGAGCGAGACGGUGCCGCCGCGCUGCCGCCGCCACCGCCCGCAAACGAUUAUAACUUGCUCCUUGCUGUUUUCGCCCUGGCGUGUGUCGCAGCCGUGGCUUUUGCGCUGUACAAAAAGAAAUAGAAGCUCGGCUUACGAAACGCCUCCCAGCCUCCUAAACAUCAGUAAUGAAUCUCGUGCAUAGCCAAGCGUUAUAAAGUUUUCCCUGCCCACCAAUGAUUUAUGCUGGGUGUCCAAAAAACCAGGGGCGGGGGGAAUGGAAAGACCAUUGGUUCCUUUCAAUAUACUUUCCCCUCGCGGAUGUUCUGUGAUGCUCACAGCAUUGGAUUAUCCUUUUGCACUUGCCAGUUGCCUUAACGUGCACUUCCUUUAAUCCAGGGCUGGUCUGGCUUCAGGCUUCUGGGAUCUUCGUUUUUCGCUAGAACCCUGAGGUCCACGGACAGGAGCCAGCUGCAAAAUAGGGGCUCAUACUGCUAGUUUUAUGCUGUUAAGGAACAGGGGGUGACUCUAAGCACAUACUCUGCCCAGCAGUUUGUGAUCAAUAGCCCAACCAAGCUUGCACAUUCUUUCACCCAAAAAUCCAUACCUAGUUCCCCCCACCCUCAAGAGUUCUUUAUCUGGGGUGGGGUGGGGUGGGGGUGGGAAUAGUUGCUGCUGCUUUGGAAACCCUGACCAACCCACUGCAAAUCACCCAGAGAUCUACUGGAAGACCCAUCUCCUGCCCACACCCUUGCGUUACUCCACCCUUGAAUGCGGCUUAAAGAAUUGGACUUUUUAUUGUGAUGGGUGGUAUUUCGUACCUGGAUGACCCUGGCGCAAUUGGUGACGUCACCUCCUUGGCAGGCACAGGCGGACAACCUCCCUCGUGACCCAAUGCAUCUGGUAGAUCUCUCCGGUGGAAAGAUGUACUGCAUUAAAAAAAUAAAAUAAUCCGAACGAUACAAUGCAUUGCUUUUGGAGAAAUUAUGCCGCACCCUUCUGCCAACUCUGGUGGCGCUCUUAUGUUUUAGCUGCUCUUCGCUUUCGGAUUCCGGGGCAUAAUACAAUUGCUUACCGCCUACUGGAGAUAAAGAAGAGGGUAUGCUUAUUUCCCAUCAUGCCUUAGGCUUAAGAGCUUCAUGAGGGCGUUGAUUGGCUACUGUUGGGAGCAGGGCUUGAUGGACUUUUGAGGCUGCCUUUGCGUCGGGGGAGUGACAACUAGAGCAAUGGGAAUCUAGCGCUUGAAAGUGCAACUGGAAACUAGUGCAAACCAUCAGUUCUGGAAUAGGUCUGGACAAGGGAGCUGCAUUGAUUGAUCCCAUUCCGGAAGGGCUCCUUUGAGCUAGUUUCCUGGGUUGUGCUACGAAGCGGUAGCUUCGCGUUGUGCUAGUGAUCACUCCCAUGGUCUGAUCCAGCAAAGACAGGUUGCUUGGUUUCAGCUGAUCUUCAGCAGAAGAUUUAUAAAGGGUCUUGUAUGGUAGCACCUGAUUCUUUUCUUCCUUUAAUAUCUGUCUUCGGGUUCCUCCACCCCCCUCCAUCAUUCCUCAGGCUUAGUAGAAUUGCCCAAGUGCCUAAAAAAAACAGCAUUUUCUUUUUAAGUAUUAAAAGAAAGAAAAGAAAUAUUUUCCCCCAGCCCUGCUUUUUCUGCAACCAGUUAAGAUAUACUUCCCCAACCUGGUGCAUGCCAAUGACUAUGCUAGUUGAGGAUGAUGGGUGCUGAAGGUCAAUACACCUGAUAGGCACCAGGUUGGGGCAGGCGUAAGACCAGGGGCUCUAUUUGAACUCAAGUUUGUACUUGUGUUUGUUAUUUAUUUAUUGCAAAUUUUGUAUCCUGCCUUUCCAUUUCUUGAAAACACCAAAAACAUGUCCAACCCUAAGAAGAGCAAAAAGUAAAAUCGACAGUGAUACGAGAGCUACAGAAAAGGUUCAAAAUUCUUCCUACAAUGGCAUACCGUUCCCCCUUCCUAGACAUCUUCCAUCCCUCUUCCGUUGUUAGCAAAGCUUUCCUUUAAUAAAAACAUUGUGAGAUUGUACCAUUCUUCCUGCCUGCCUCCCAGCGGCCUGGUCAUCUGAAGAUU